UCCAGGGUCUCUGAGACCUCGCGUUAUUAGCUUAUACCCGCAGCGCUUCGGUUCGGUUCGCCUCCUCCCAACAACAGGUGUAAAGGAGCGGCUGGAUGAACAGACAGAAAUCGAGGACAAGAGAAUAUAACCAGAGGAUAUUUGCAAACAGUUGUAAUCGUAAAGAAGUAGGUUACAUGUCCUGCAAGAUUGACGGAGUUCACUUCAUCGUCUUUCUAUGCGCGCUGCGCACGCUUUCCAUCCUGUCUGCCCCAGUUUUCUGCGCUAUAGGCUGCACCAUUUCUAUCUCUUUCUAACGGAAAAAGAGAAGAGAUUAUGAAGAAAAACAACUGUGCUCUGUUAAUGGAUGUCCUCCACUCACACGGAAUAAUGGAAUAAAGUAGGAUAUAAGCUACUCUGAAGAUAAAAACAUAUGCAUUUAUCAUCAAGGAUUCGACGAUGUGAAGUCCUCUUAUAGAACACGGAUUGUUCUAGGUUAUUCGUUUAGUACCUAAAUACGGAAUACAAACAUAGUUAUUUUUUUGUUUUUGUUUUGAAAACCAGUUGUUGCAUCCCCUAAACGCGGAAUAGCCUGGAGAGAAGAGGCAUCUUUCUAUGUGGGAUCAAUUGAUAUAUCCCUAAACAUCCACGGCGAAAUUCUGUGAUGCCCUAGCUACAGCAGGACCCACAACAGCACCUGCCGUAAAAGCUGAGUUGAGGUGAGGUGAGAUGUCUCAGCUGUACUACCGGCGGACAGACAGCUCUUCGUACCGGGACCGUAUCCCUCUGCGGAUCGUCCGGUCUGAGUCGGAGCUGUCUUCCCUGGAGAAGGCCUAUCUGGGAACCGUGGAGAAGGGAGACUACGGCAGCGUCAAACAGGCUCUGGAGGAGGCCGAGAUCUACUUCAAGAUUAACAUUAACUGUAUAGACCCGUUAGGCCGCACAGCUCUGCUGAUCGCCAUCGAGAAUGAGAACCUGGAGAUCAUAGAACUACUGCUGAGCUUUAAUGUGUAUGUCGGAGAUGCACUGCUGCACGCCAUCCGCAAAGAGGUGGUGGGGGCCGUGGAACUGCUUCUCAACCACAAGAAAUCCAGCGGAGGCAUGCAG